AUGUGGGGCCCCAGCAUUGCGCCACAACCGCAUCAGCCACACUACAGCCCAACCACCUGUGGCUUACUGCACAAAACAGCAGGCCAGCCUCGCCGCCAGCAACUGCAACACGCAGCUCUCAGGCUGCCUGGUGAUGAUGCCGCUGGUUGGAGCUCCAGUUCCAUAUCUGCCAUCUCAACUCCUCUCAACCCACCGUCCAUUCACUCAGCAUACCUCUGUACCUGGCGAUACCAUCCUUCGGACAGGUUCAACGGAGACCAGCUUGCCAAGAUGGUGAGGCUCUUGCAGUCGCCCUGUCUGCAUACUCUGCCGCCCCCCCAUGAGGGAACGCUAGCUAACACCCUCAACACGCAGACGUCGAUAGGAACGGGCUACGAUCUUCUCAACUCCAUCUUUUCGCCAGAUGGCCGCAACUUUCAGGUGGAGUACGCAGUUAAGGCAGUAGAGAACGGCGGCACCUCAAUCGGUAUCCGGUGCAAGGAUGGCGUUGUCCUGGCUGUCGAGAAGGUGGUGACAUCAAAGCUCCUGAAGCCCGGGGCGAACAAGCGAAUUGCUACCGUUGAUAGCCACAUUGGAGUUGUUUACUCAGGAAUGGUCCCCGACGGCCGAUAUUUUGUCGACCGCGCCCGCGACGAAGCCCAAGGCUGGCGGCAACACUUCAAGACCCCGAUCCCCACGGCCGAUCUUGCCUCCCGGAUGGGCGGCUAUCUCCAGGCCUACACCAUGUAUGGUUCCGUCCGGCCGUUCGGCAUCACCGCUAUUGUCGGCGGCGUAGACACGUCCGAAGAGACGCCAGUCGACGGGGAAGUCGGCUCGGGUCCCAAGUGCGGUGCUGGCGGCAAGGUCCCCGGCAAGCAUGGCGGUCCGUUCCUGUACAUGAUUGAGCCCAGUGGUUUGUACUGGGGCUACUACGGUGCUGCUACAGGCAAGGGUCGUCAGGCGGCCAAGGCCGAGCUGGAGAAGCUGGAUCUGCAGUCCGGCAACAUGACCAUGGAGGAGGCCGUCAAGGAGGCCGCAAGGAUCAUCUUUGUCGCGCAAAAGGACAACAAGGACAAAGACUUUGAACUGGAAAUGACUUGGAUCAGUGGCGUGGAUGGUCCGACCAAGGGUCGUCAUGUCGAGGUGCCCAAGGAGUUGAGGGAGGAAGCUGAGCGGUUAGCAAAGGCGGAGGAUGACACAGACGAAGACGAGGAGAACGAUAAGAAAGACGAGGAUAAGAUGGAGGAGUAG